AUAGUUAUUGUAGUUAUUAUAGUUAUUGUAGUUAACUAUUGUAGUUAUUGUAGUUUUUUAUACUGUAGUUGACUUGUAAUAGAAAAUGUUUUAAACGAUCUUUACCUUGAAAGUCCACAAGAAUCCUUACACAGCUAUUUACAGGAAAAGUUGGUAAUGAUGUACUAAAGGCCAUUGUAGCUAACAAGUAACUGAACACUACAACUUUCAUUUUAUCCUCACAUAAACUGCUGCUUUAGGAAAACUAACACACAUCUCACCUUAACAGCUCAAACAAUGGUAGGAGGAAGGACAUGGUAGGUUGUUACCUCAAACAAUGGUAGGAGGUAGGACAUGGGUUCUAACACUGCACCUUCAAAUGAGUGCAAAAACCUCUAAAUGAGUGCAGAUUACACUUGAAUAGCUGUGUGCCAGCCAAUCGGCCUUCUCAGAGGCAGGACGAUGCAUCAUCUUGUCCAUAGAAAACCAGCUGCUUUCAAAGCACUCAGUGUAGCGGGCAAGCUGUGCAAAAAGGGCACAGGACUAAAAAGAGCACGCAUGAAGAUGCUGACAGGUGAUUCGUGAUCGGAAGAGAUGCUCUAACAUUUACUUACACGAUGCAAAAGCCAGAAAAAGAAAAAGAUGUCCUUUCGUUCUGUGUUGGCUGUGGGCUUCAGAUCCGCGAUCGCUUCGUGCUGAGCGUGUUUCCAGACCUGCGCUGGCAUGUAGCGUGCCUUAAGUGUGCGGAGUGCCAGCAAAACCUAAACGAGUCACACACCUGCUUCAUUAAAGAUGGAAAGACCCUGUGUAAAGAAGAUUAUAUCAGAUUAUACACCACCAAAUGUGCAAACUGUCAAAAGUCCUUCAGCAGUCACGAUUACGUCAUGCGUGCAGGAGUUAACGUCUAUCACGUGCAGUGUUUUCGCUGUGAGCACUGCGAUCGGCUGCUGAAGCCCGGAGAUGAGUUUACCAUCCGAGACGGCUUCUUGCACUGCACUGCUCAUGAAAACUCCAGUCACAGAUUAAUGACACUUUCAUGUGACUCAGUACAUGUGACCAACCCGAACAGGUGUGAUGGAGUUGCAGACACUUCGUGGUCGGGUGGAGAAGGGGAAUCUGGAUGGCAGGCACCCAUCAAGCCUGAGAAGACCGUACGUGUGAGGACGGCACUCAGCAAGUCUCAGCUACAAGUGCUGCUCACAUGCUACAGUGUGAACCCGCGACCGGACGCUAGCCUGAAAGAACGGCUGAUGGAGAUGACGGGGUUGAGCUCACGGGUCAUUCGUAUCUGGUUUCAGAACAAGCGAUGCAAAGACAAGAAGAAGAGCAUGCUGGAAAGAGAGACAAAGAACAAGACCGGAGAACAGAUCAAUGCGACGGACGAGCCCGUGUCGUCUGUCACUCCUGAGAACCUGGACAUAGACACAAUCAUGCACCCACUGGACCUGCAGACUCUCCAGCAAUCUUGGAAACUCCUGACGAGUCUCUUGAAUUCAGACAUCGAGACGUUUUACCAGGAAGCGGUGAAUCUCGAUUAGCUACAACAACAACACAAACAGAGAAUGUAGCUGUUUUAUUGUAGGAGUUCUGAAUUAAAGGAAUCGUAUCAAUCAUUUAGUGUCAAUCUCUUCUUCAAAAUCCAGUCAGAUUUACUUUGUACUCGUGCACAUAAAGUAUGUCGAUAAAUCAUCUCAUCGGCCAGAAAUAAUCUAAGGAGCAACAACUAAACAAUGAAAGA